AUGGAGGUUGAGCUUCUUAUUCUGUCCCAUCACUUCUACAAAUCAUCUGCUUGCCUUGAUCGAGUUGAUGUUCUUGUUUCCCUUGCUGCAACUAGGGUUGAUGCUUAUGUUUUGGAGGGUGAUUUCCCGUGCUUGGCUCGCCUGAUAACUGGAGUUGAAAUUUUUUAUGCUCUCAAUUUCAUUCUUGGCAUUCUUAUAGAAAAUGGUCAAUUGGAUCUUCUUCUUCAAAAGUAUUCUGCUGCUGCCGACACAAACACAGGCACUGCUGAGGCUGUCAGAGGUUUUCGAAUGGCCGUUCUUACAUCUUUGAAGCAUUUCAACCCUAAUGACCUUGAUGCAUUUGCCCUGGUCUAUACUCAUUUUGAUAUGAAACAUGAGACGGCCACUCUUUUAGAGUCCAGAGCAGAGCAAUCAUGUGAGCAGUGGUUUCGGCGUUAUAACAAGGACCAGGAUGAAGACUUGUUGGAUUCCUUGCGCUACUUCAUUGAAGCUGCUGAAGUUCACUCUUCCAUUGAUGCUGGCAAUAAAACACGGAAGGAUUGUGCUCAAGCUUCCCUUCUAUCCCUCCAAAUACGGAUGCCAUAUUUCCAAUGGCUUUAUCUAUCAGAAACCAAUGCUAGACAGGCAUUAGUUGAGCAGUCUCGUUUCUCCAAAACCAAAUAA